AAUAAAGUUAAAUUGAAAUGUCUCCUCGAAUUUAUCAGCUGUUGAAAUUUUCUUUUUACGUUCAAUAUAUUUCUUCGUAAGACAUGUUCUAAAUAAAAUCUCUUUACCUGUGAUAUAAUCUUGGUGAUUCAAAUUUCUGAAUAAUAGUAUUUAAUCGUCACUCGUCGCGCCGAAACAAAAGUCAAAAUUCCUCCCGCUUCAGCAUCACAGGGUUCCUCUCUCCGCACUGCUAAUUGGCGGUGGGAGAUGCCGGCGGGCGAUGCGGCCGACAUAUUCGGCCUGCUGGAGGGCGGCGCGGACAGUUCGCGCGCCGUGUUCGACGCGUUCGCGCAGCUCUUCAGCUCCGUGCGCGAGCCCUGGCUGACGCGCGCGCUGCUCAUGUACCACGCGCGCACGGGCUCGGCGCGCGCCGUGGAGCUGCUGGCGCGCCUGCCCGAGCCGCACGCGCGCCACCUGCUGGACGCGCUGCAGGACGCGCUGCGCGGCGAGCGGCAGGCGCGGCACCAGGCGCUGGGCGCGCUGGCGCCGCUCGUGGCGCGCCGCCCGCCCUGGCUGGACCGGCUGGCGGCGCCGCACCCGCUCGUGCGCGAGCUGGUGCGCGCCGCCCGCAGCGAGCGCGAGCCCCUGCCGCUGCUGCACGCGCUGCUGGCGCUGGCCAUGCUGAUCCCCACGGCGCCGGCGCUGGCGGGCCCGCACUGCCCCGAGCUGACGGACGCGCUGCUCAGGCCGAGCGGGCUGGAGCUGGCGCCGGCCACGAGGCUGCACCUGCGGCUGGCGCAGCUGGCGCUGUUCCGCGCGCUGUACGCCACGCACCCGUGCUCGCUGGUGGAGGCGCUGCGCGCGGAGCUGGCGGCGCGGCCGGCGGGCUGGGAGGAGGACGUGGCGCGGCUGCUGGGCUCCGUGCGGCUGCACGCGGGGCUGCUGACGGGCUCGCGGCAGCGCGAGGCCGACAUCUCGCGCUGGGCGCGCCUCGAGCCGCACGACGUGCUCGACGAGUGUCGCCGCCUCUCCGCGCACGACACGAGACUACUCCGCGCGGACCAGUGCCCGCUGCCGGUGUCGCCGCCGCCCGAGGGCCGGGCGAGCACGCCGGCCCCGAAGCCCUCCACGCCCACGUCCAAGCCGAGCACGCCGGCCCCGAAGCCGCCGUCGCGACAGUCGCGCUACAGCCUGACCGGGGCGCCGCCGGUGGGGUCGGUGGAGUACUUCACGAGAGCUAUGGACUCCAUGCGACCGGGAGGCGAGGGCUGGUUCAGCCUGUCGGAGGCGGUGGGCGGCGAGUCGGCGCCGGCCACGCCGCUGCCGGAGCCCGAGGCGGAGCCCGAGGCGGCGGUGGAGGCCACGCCCGAGAACACGCCCGCCCGCGAAUCGCGCCCCGUCUUCCGGUUCCCCGUCGACUCCGCCACGGUGCGCGCUAUAGGCCGCGUGUCGUCGCCGCCCGACGUGGCGGACGUGUCGGACGUGGCGGACGCGCCGGACGCGGCGGACGUGGCGGGCGUGUCGGCGCGGCUGGCGCGCGUGGCGCUGGAGCGGCGCGGCGCCGACUCGCCGCUGCAGUUCGGGCGCGCGCCGCCGGCCGCCGCCGCGCGCCCCGCGCCGCGCCGCCCCGCCCGCCGCGCGCCGCCCCGCAGCCGCCGCGCCGCGCCGCGCCGCGCCGCCUCGUGCUCGCCGCGCCUGCCGCCGCGCCGCUCGCGCUCCGCCAGCACGCAGACGCUGGACCACUGGCCGGAGCCCUACGAGUUCAUCAUCGCCGACUAUUGCCGGACCUUCCCCGACAACAAGUUUUAUGACAACGACGCGGCAACGGAGCCGCAACCUUGCGAGAAGUUGGAGCAGUACAUGAACGAGGUGUACGCGGGCCGCGCGACCGGCGGCGAGCUGGCGCAGCUCCACGCGCAGCUGCUGUUCGAGCGCUGGCGGCGCGACUCGUACGCCGAGCGCAGCCGCCGCCUGCUGGGCCGCGUGCGCCACGUGCGCGCGCUGGAGACGCAGAACGCGCAGCUGCGGGACCGCCUGCGCGCCGCCGAGCGCGAGCGGGACGCCGAGCGCGCCGCCGGCGGGCAGGCGGCGCGCGCGCAGGCGGCGGCGGCGGCGGCGGCGGGCGGGCGGCGCGAGCGCGAGCUGGAGGCGGCGCUGGCGGCCGAGCGCGCGGCGCGGGCGCGGGCCGAGGCGGCGCUGGCGGAGGCGCUCGGCGCGCGCGCCGCCGCCGAGGCCGAGCUGGGCCGCGCCAGCGCCGACGCGCAGGAGACCGUGCGCUACGUGCAGUCGCUGGCCAAGGCCGCGCUGGCCGCCGAGCGCCGCGCCGACCACAUCGCGCGGCUGCGGCGCGAGCUGCUGGUGCUGGGCGAGCGCGAGCGGCGGCUGGCGGACGCCGUGCGCGCGCACACGGCGGCGCCUCCCGAGCCGGGCGCCGAGCGCGCGCUGCGGGCGGCGCUGGCGCGGGCGGAGGCCGAGCUAGACGCGGCUAUGCUCCGCGGCGAGCAGGCGGCGCGGCGCGCGGCCGAGCUGGAGGCGGCGGCGCGCGAGCGCGAGGCGGGCGUGCUGGAGCUGAAGCGCGCCACGCGGCACGCGGCCGAGCUGCACGCGGCGCGGCUGCGCGCCACCGAGGACAAGUACGCCAACAUGUGCGCGAUCGUGCGCAGCGUGGAGUUCCGCAAGCUGGAGCUGCUGGCGGCGGCGGAGCGGCGGCUGCCGGGCCCCGUGCGCGCGGCGCCGCUGCCGCCGGAGAGCCCCGAGCCGCCGCCCGCGGGCCGCAGCUAGCUGGCGGGCGCGGCGUGGUGGCGGUGCGCGCUGUAGACGCGCCGGACUACUGUUCGUGUGGACCUAGUAUGUAAUCUCGUGACGAUUACGGUGAUUUCCGUUCAUCAUAAUAUUCAAACGAUAUAAUCAUCCAUUUAUUAUCGCUCAUGAUCACAUGUUGGUGAUAUUUAUUGUUCCAUUUUUAUUUUAUGACGACAUAUCCUCAAAUAAGAAAUAGUGAUUAAAAAAAAAACUUCUACUACACACACACUACAAUAAGUUGUGUUAAUGAAAUAAGUGAAAAAUAAUUUUCGCCACAAUACUGUACCAUCGAAUGGACUUAACGAUAUUACAAACUUAUGUUUCGCUUCCAAUUUGAUCUUAGAUUUCCACCAAUUUUGAACUAAUAGCAGUUAAAAAUAAAUACCUAAAGAAUUUAUAUUUUCUUUUGGAAAUGCUGUCCUGCAAGAAAUUGUGGAGAAUCUAAACAGCAUCUAUCGUUAAUUCCUGUCCUUAACAUUAUAAUUAUAAAUGAAAACAAAUCAAUAUAAUACAAAUAUCACAACUACACCUACUUACUAUCUGUCAGUCUGUUCCCGAACCAGCCACAAUCGUCACGAAAGGGUUUAUUUGACUGAAGCUAGCUGCUGUACAAUGAGCUUCACAGCUUUUAAGUAGAGGAAAGUAUUUUUGCAUUAAAACUAAUUUUAAACUCGCUACGAUGUAAUGACUGAUCAUAUUGUAUAGGUUUGUGAGAUUGAUUUGAUUUCAUCAUUGGCUGGUAAAAUAACGUCAUGCACCGAGCGUUGCAGCCCCUUACUGACAAUCUGAUUGAGAUCCUUCAAGUAUGUGAAACAUGUCCAGUACAUCACCUGUCCUCUACCUGUCUACCCACAGGUCGCCCUGUUCAUCAUAUGUCUGCCUAACUCUGCUGAAUGAGAUUUCAUUGAAAUCAACAAAAUUUAUGUUCUACAAUUUCUUAUAUUUAUGAUUUCUGCUUACACGAAGUGGUAGAUAAAUAUAACCGUAACCAAAUGCGCUCGGUGAGGACGGUGUCGCCAGCGAAUGAUGAGAAUGGCUGUUCUUGUUGCACUUGUGAGCUUCUCAUUGCCUAUCUGUUGCAGAUACUAUCAUUCUAAAUGUAUAUAUAUUUCGUAAGCAACAAUGUAAGGAAAAGCACUAUUCGUUAAUAAAAUGUGUAGCUAAGUGUUGAAAAUAAUAUUAUAAUAUGUCAAAAAGGUUAGUUUUAAUAAUAAUCAGGUUUAAUCGGGGCGACAAACACUGGUCAAGGGAAUAAAACCCAAGUCAUGAUGCGUGUCUUGUUUGUCUCCUCAUUGUUAGUACCUGGUGUAACCCCGCAUGGCGCGGUGUUUUAUUUUCUGAUCAGUCUUAACCAGAAUCACAUAAAUCACCGAUAAUUAUAAAAUGUCCUUCACCAUCACCAAUAAAGUCGCACCCGUUUCUUCUCAACACAAAACAUUUGAUUUCGCAGCUCGGCUAGUGCUAGAAAUAGGAAUCUGCCUACAUUUGAGUGAGUUUGGUGUUAAUAAAUCCUUUAGUUCGUUGAGGGUACCAUUAAAGUUCCUAAAUCGAUGAUAAUAGAUAUCCCAUUUUAAAAUUUUAUGAAUAUAAAUUAACGAUGAUAAUUAUUUGGUUGGAAUGAGGCUUUUUGACAGAUUAUACGAUGAAAUUUAUUUAAAUAAAUGAUAUGUUUUAGAUAAUAAUGAUGUAGAAUGUAAGUGGCGUGUUUCGGUUGACAGUUUCUUAGUUGGAAAUUAAUAUGUAUUGUACAUAACAUAUGUAAUAAAUAACUUUGUUACACUGUGAC